AUGAUAUUUCAUUGGAUAGGAUCAACAUUUAAAUAUGCUACAUUAUCAGCUAAUGAAGAACAAACAUUUGUAGUUAAAGCAUGUUUUAUUAGGUCCGGUGUUUAUGAUAUAAAUCGAUGGCGUUUGACAGUGAAUUAUAAUCAAAGCGCAACAGACAAAUCAAAUAUUGGUGGGGAACAUCAUGGCGGACUGGGAAAAAAGAGUGAAGGUGGCGGAGGAAUGAAAGGAGAAAGAACUCAUAAAUGA